AUACUCGAUAGCUCUUUGUUAGCGGGUACAUACAUAACAUCUAUUUUGAAUUUAGUUGCCCGCGCGAUUCCGUCGCGGUCGGUCGCCUCAUUCACUGCAACGUAUUUUCUCCAAUUUAAACAUUUGUUUACAACAAUCUUGUGCGUGAUUGUGGUUAUUUGAAUAGUGAUUAUAUAUGUUUUAAUUAGAAACCAUUUUACUCUACAACUAGUACCUACAACACCACAAUGGUAGCCAGAAACUUGUUCACCGUAAACAGAACUUUGACAACAGUGAAACAGAGUUCAAAAUACGCAAGUGUUGUGAUAAGGAAUCAUAGUGUUUGGACUCAGGAGAGAGUGGUCAAAUCGCCUUUUAAAGACAUUCAGAUACCAAAUUGUACCUUAUAUGAGUAUAUUUGGCAGAAUCUCGAUAAAUGGCCGGAGAGGACUGCAUCUGUCUGUGCAGUGACUGGCAGAGGGUACACUUACGAACAAGCGUUCAAGUUAUCAAACAGGUUUGCUGCAAACCUUAGGACGAAGUUCAAGAUCCAAGAUGGAGAUGCCGUUGCCGUGAUGUUACCUAAUGUUCCGGACUAUCCUCUCGUGUCCUUGGGGAUAUUGGAGGCAGGAGGAGUGAUUACUAGUAUCAAUCCUAUUUACACUGCUCAUGAAGUACAACGCCAGCUGAAAUUGUCUGCAGCUAAGAUGAUUGUAACAUUACCAGAAAUAGUACCAACUAUAAAGGAAGCGUUAAAGCUUGUCCAACUAGACAUUCCAAUCGUUGUAGUAAAAACCAACGAUAGUCCAGUUCCUGAAGGAACAGCAUUAUUUAACGAACUUAGUGAAGAUAUUCAUGCGAAUAAAUCUAUACUGAAGCAAGUCAGAAGGACUGCAGAUGAUGUUUGCUUUCUACCAUACUCUAGUGGAACUACAGGACUACCGAAAGGCGUGGAGCUCACCCACAGGAACAUUAUAGCUAACUGCGAGCAGAUCAAUGAACCAAUUAUCGCUAUGCACAAAGAAACUACAGCUACUCAUCAAGAUGUUGUGAUGGGCGCGUUGCCAUUCUUCCAUAUCUACGCAGCGACUGUCCUUAUGUUCCACAAGAUGUCUGUCGGAGCUAAAUUAGUGGCUUUAGCCAAAUUCCAUCCUGAUGCAUUUCUGAGUUGUAUUGAGAAGCAGAAGACUAACGUGUUGAUGGUAGCACCCCCUUUGAUUCUUUUAAUGGCGUCUCAUCCAGCGGCUACUGCGAAAACUCUCGAGUCUAUAGAUGUUGUUUGUAAUGGAGCAGCUCCUUUAGCUGGAAGUGACGUAGAAAGAUUGAUGAGACGAAUGCAGAGAGACAUAGAUUUCAGACAAGGUUAUGGACUGACGGAGACAUCUCCAACGUUGACAGUCACUCCUAAAGGGUUGCUCCGCUACGAAGCAACUGGACCACCUGUAGCAAACACUGAAAUGAGGAUCGUGGACUCUGAUCUCAACAACUUGGGUCCUAAUGAGACUGGUGAGAUCCUUGUCCGAGGUCCUCAAGUGAUGCGUGGCUACAAAGACAACCCUGAAGCCAAUAAAGAAACGCUCCUAGAAGGCGGUUGGUUCAGGACUGGAGAUUUGGGCGUGGCUGAUGAGGAUGGCAUUCUCGUAAUUGCUGAUAGGCUCAAGGAGCUAAUUAAGGUUAAAGGCUUCCAAGUGCCUCCAGCGGAACUAGAAUCCGUUUUACGAGAACAUCCUUCGGUGAAUGAUGCAGCUGUCAUUGGGGUUCCUCACCAAACCAAAGGAGAGUCACCAAAAGCCUUCGUAGUACUUAAGAAUGGUCACAAAUGCACUCCUCAGCAACUCAGCGAAUUCGUUAAUGAGAAAGUAGCAGCUUACAAACAUGUAGACGAUAUUACUUUUAUAGAGAGUGUUCCGAAAAGUGCAGCUGGGAAGAUUUUAAGAAGAGUACUAAGGGACCAGUACUGUUAACAUAGGAAUUAUAAAGCAGGUUGUUUUGUUAAAGGCAUUCACAAUUUGUGAGAAAAUGAGAUGCAAUAUUAUAGUUCCGUAACUUUUCCACAGAAUAUUUUAAAAUGACUUGAAACUCCUGCAGGGUAGUUAGAUUGAUAAAAUGUCAAUUUGUAUAUUGUAAAUAGUUUUAAGGACGAUAUUUUUUUUAAAUGAGAAUUUUUUUCGAUGAAUUUUGGGAGAUAAUUGCUAUAUUACCUUUCAUGUCGACGGCAUAUCUUUCGUUACCCUUUUUUAUUUGACCAAAUUAAUAAUUUAUUUCAGUACUACAGUUACCGCGAGAGAGAUAGCUAGAUAAAAAGGAAUCCUUUAUUAAAUUUUCUUGAGACACAAUUGCGAAUUUUUAAGCAUUUUUUUUAUAGUUUGAAUAAACAUUUAAAAUUACUUAGGAAGAUGUGUGACUAUUUUGGUCCCUUUAAAUUAAUUAACACCUUUUCUACCGUUCCAUAAGUCGAUAUUUUUGAUGGUAAACAGAAAAAAAUACUUUUUUUUCAUAGGAAAGUCAGGUGAUUUUGGUCAAAUGAAAUGAUAAAUAAUAUUUAUGAUUGACGGACAUAAGGGUUACUAUUGCAAUUCUAUCUUUAUUUAUACUCUCAUUAGGAGUUUAAAUAAAAUAUAAAUCAUAUAGGGAAAAGAAUAACUAAGUAUGAAGAUUUUUUCGAAAAUCAAGAUACAUUUUUAAAUUAGAAUGAAUCGAAGGAGGUUACGUAAAAUAUAGUUCUGACUAAAGAUUUACAAAAAGCUUUAAUAUCUUGUAAAAACACGUAGAUAUAAAACAUAUUAUAUUGUUAAAUCAGUAAAUAAUAGGUCUUUACCUAUGAAAUUGCCGUUUUGCAUGAAAAAAUUUAAACGAAUUUUUUAUUUGAAAUGCGAUAAAAAUUUAACACUAAUCAAUAAACGAAUUACUACUUUUGGAAAAAGAAUCCCAUAUUUUUAGAACAAAAUUAAUUAGCCUUAGCCUAACAAAAACUAUUUUGAUUUGAAAUGGCCAGUACUGCGGCAAUUUCAUAGGUUCACCUAUUAAUGAAAUCGUGGGUAGAUACGUAAGUAAAAAUAGUGACAGAGAACCUUUUUGUAUCUUUUUAAAUUUUUAAUUAUGUUUCGAGUUGUAACAUUGUUAUACUUAGACGAAAUAAUAAAAAACGUAUAUUUUUAAAUA